AUACAUAGUCCAUAAAAUAAGAGUAAAAAUUGGAACUCAGAAAAGUUGUUUGUUUUAAUGAUUUCUAACUGCCGCUUUCGGAUGUAACGACUUAGAAUUAACACCCUAUAUAAACACAAGCGGUGGAUUGCAUAAACUCCUAUGCAAAAUGAUUCUGCUACAUUUCUUUCACAUCACAGGAGAUAUCUCAUGGUAUUUCGCGCAAAUACUUUGUUUCAUACUCUUCUUGGUCAUAACAGGAGUAUUUUACACUAGAGAAAAAACCUUUGUCAUGAAAUCUAGCGGACCAACAAAAAAUUUCGUAAUAUCUUUGAAACCCUUACGGGUCGUUCCGAAAGUAAAUACCUCCUAUUUUUUGCACUGAAACCACAGCCGAUACACAAAUCACAACAACACAACCAAUUUCUUUCGACGGACGGAUAGACCGACGGACAAAACUCAAACAUAGCACAUUUUUUUUAAAUUCUUAAAAAUGCAUUAAAAUGGUAUCUAUGAUGAAUACCUAUUUAUAGUAGAUAUUAGUACUUACAAUAAAUUAUGAUUAUGAUUUAUGUAAUUGCAUUUUUAAGAGGUUUGCACAACUCACUUUUAAAAUGUACGCUCUGUGUCUAUAUUUACUUCAUUAUCCCUUUCAAUUUUAGGAAUGAACGUCACUCCACAACUGAAAAGAAGGUCUUUUAGUAAUUGUACAAAAUUUCAAGGUUUUUAAGGACUUUAAGGAAAUUCUUCAUUCACGGAAAGAGGAAAAAAAUUUCCACGAACAACAAUGAUCAGCGUUUCACAGUCAACCUCUCUUGUCUUGUCUUGCAUUUUCGGCCUGGGGGAGCUUUUUCAUUGACUUGGUGGGUUGCUUCGUUUCUGGGUCAUACCCGUAACAUUAUCACUUGCACCAUGUAAUGACUUUGGCACGACCUCACGCCUGUCUCUUCUGAAAGUCCGUCGAAGGGAUGAGCACGACCUUUAUCUCACAUCCCACUUAAAGGGACAACCAUUUGAAAACUUCUGUACGGCAGCUGAUAGUGUAUGAUUCCAUCUUAUUACAGCCUCUAUUCCUUUCAAACUUAAAAUUUAAAAGUUAGAACCUCAGAAUGUCCUCGUAAUUAAUCUGGUGAAACUGAGGCACUUAGACAAAGUGGAUAUCUGGAUCCGAUUGAGUUAUAAGGUGAGCUCGACAUUGAACAAUAAACGAAAAUGCCAGUUUUAGGAGCUCAUUGUCCCGAUCUUGGUUGUCGCCAGAUAAAGCUUCACGAUGUGGUUUCGUUCCAUUCGAAACAAGCGAAACAAAAUUAAUCGCACCCCCCAUUAAGCUUUUAUGAACAAAUUUCCUCCCAAUUGACGUUUCACGUUCAAGUUUAUAAUAUAAUUGUACGACCUCCUAAUUAAUUCAUAACUAAAUUAAUGUAAUGAUUGCCGCUAGAUAAUUUAGAUAAACGUUUUCGUUAAUGCAUUUUCUGUUUUGUUUGUCAAGCUGUUGUGUUAUAACGCACUCCGCGCAAUGAUGGACCUCGACGAUCUGCUUACGGAAAUUGGUCAGUUUGGUAAAUACCAAAAGUCUGUCCUGUGGCUCGUGCUGUUACCGUGCGUCUUUCCGUGCGGUUUUCACGCGUACAACCAACUGUUUAUGGCCGCAAAACCAGACCACUGGUGUCGAGUGCCAGAAUUGGAAGAUUUGAGCUAUGAAGUCGCCAAAAAUCUAAGUAUACCAAUGGAAGAAAGGGACGGCGAAAUGCGCUUCAGUCAGUGUACAAUGUUUAAUAAAUCAUCAACUGGCGAAUUCAACUCUUCUAAUCGUGUAACAUGCCAACAUGGAUGGAUUUAUGACAAGACUGUUUAUAAAAAUUCGGUAACAACCGAGUGGAAUUUGGUAUGCGAGGAUAACAUUUUAUCGACGCUAGCUCUGGUAGCAUUUGGCACCGGGGGUCUGAUUGGAAACUACAUCUUCGGUUACAUUCAAGAUCGACACGGCCGAAAAUCGGCUUUCUUCAUUUACUUAUUCAUCCAGACAGUUUUUGGGAUCGCAACAGCUUUAGCCAGCAGCUUCGGUAUAUGGGUUCUUUUUCGUUUCGGUGUAGGAUUCACAAUACCAUCAAUUCUUUCAACGCCCAGCAUUUUAGCUAUUGAAUUGGUGGGGCCCAAAUACAGGUCGACUGUAACCGUCUUAAUAAACAUCGCCUACUCAAUUGAUCUCAUUGUCUUGUCAAUAAUUGUUUGGGCGGUACGAGAUUGGAGGCAACUCGCUUUGUUUACCACGGUACCAUUUAUAGCGCUCUUUGCUUUGUAUUGGGCGAUGCCGGAAAGCCCACGAUGGCUAAUGGCGCGUGGCGAUUUUGUAAGAGCGGAAAAGAUAUUGAAUAAAAUGGCAAGGGUCAACAAAAGAACCGCUUUCGUCUCCGAAAUCAGGCAUCUGAACACUGGAGAUCUCAGCAUUAAGUCGAAUGACAAGGCUGAUUAUGGAAUGGUAGAUCUAUUUAAACUCCCAAAACUACGCUUGAAAACGCUUAUAAUCACUUUCAUUUGGUUUACAAACACGAGCGUUUACGUUGGACUCUCGUACUACGCACCCGCCCUUGGGGGAGAUGAAUUUUUCAACUUCUUCCUGGCGGGUGUUGCCGAACUUCCCACGUACAUCUUCCUAUGGCCCGCCAUGGAACGAAUCGGGAGAAGAUGGAUUUUAUUCUCCACAAUGGUUGUAGGUGGAAUCGCUUGUACUUCUACGCUAGUUAUCAAUGAUGCUACAAUAAGGUUGGGCCUAUACUGCGUAGGAAAAAUGGGCAUAUCAGCUUCGUUUGUGGUCUUGCCGCUGAUGGCUUCCGAAACCUACCCUACGGUUGUGCGAGGUAUUGGAAUGAGCUUAAGUUCAGUUGCCGGAAUGCUCGGACCUGUGUUUAUUCCACUUAUCAAUUAUUUGGGGGCUCGCACUUUAACAUUACCGUUAAUUAUUAUGGGAGCAUUGUUGAUUGCCGGCGGAUUAAGUUCGCUGUUACUGCCCGAAACGCUUCGCAGAAAUCUCCCUCAAACCCUUGAAGAUGCGGAAAAAGAUGGAUUGGUGGAUUUCAGAUGGUGGCGUAAGUACGAGAAACGCGAAUUGCAAGAGGAUUAACCAAUGGUUACCUUAAACUGUAAAUAAAUGUACGUACUGUGGAAGGAAUCUAAAAGUGUGAUAAGCAAGGACUAUGCAUGCUGACCGAUGUUCAGGGCCACAAAGCGCUUUAGCUGGAGCUUUCCUCAGUAUAACAAUCUUCAUAAAGUAAAAUAGUAAACCAAGAAAUAAAAAAGUCCUCUGGUCAUUACAAUAACGUAAUGAUAGUUGCUUAUAAUAUUAAUUUUAAUUGCUUUUAGCGGUACUUACUUUUUAUAUGCAAGUAGGAGGUACUUGUGUUAAGUGAUUGGAUUGAGGAAAAUAAAAUACAGUAAA